UUAAUGUCACUUCUGCAAAGGUUACUCACCGAUUUGACAUUCCAAUUUUCUCUUUUAUUUACAUUAUUUUUUGAAAAAAAAACAUUUCUUUCGUUGUUUGUACUUGAAUUAAACAGUUUCGCAGUCUCCAACAACAUAUCAAACAAGAAAUAUUAAUUUCGGUCUGAAAACCAACAAAAUUCCAAUCAAAAUGCCCACACCUUUGGUAGAUGACGACAACAAUGAAAUUAGGGCGAAAAUCUGUUACAGUGGCGAAAUCCUAAUAAUCUACAUCAGCCGUACUAUAAAUUACGAUGAAUUGUGUGAGGAAAUGCGCCAAAUAUGCCGCUUCAACCUCGAUCAAGUGUUUACCAUGAAAUGGAUUGAUGAAGAGGGUGACCCGUGCACCUUAUCCACUCAAAUGGAACUGGACGAGGCCAUACGGUUAUACGAGAUUAACAAGGAGUCCGAACUGAUUAUUCAUGUCUUCCCCAAUGUACCUGCUCAGCCUGGAAUGCCUUGCCAGGGCGAGGAUAAGAGUAUUUAUCGUAGAGGUGCCAGGAGAUGGAGGAAAUUGUAUAGGGUAAAUGGACAUAUAUUCCAAGCAAAACGGUUUAAUAGACGAGCGUUUUGUGCCUAUUGUAAUGACCGAAUAUGGGGGUUAGGUAGGCAAGGCUUUAAAUGUGUCCAGUGCAAACUUUUGGUGCAUAAAAAGUGCCAUAAGGCAGUGAAUGUUUCUUGCACUAUAGACCAUAAUAGAGAUACUCUUAUGAGGGAGGAUAGCACUAGAAAUGGGGAGACAGUAAGUAUUGAAGAAGAACCACCAAAGGAGAGGCAAUAUAAUGAAAUACCUCCAGAUGUGACAGGAGAGUCUGUACCAGUGGAAGAUCCUAACAGGCCUUUGGAAGAAUUAGAGCCUGGAUCACAGAGACAGUAUUCUCUGAAUGAUUUUGAGCUGAUUCGAGUUAUUGGCAGGGGCUCCUAUGCCAAAGUUCUUAUGGUAGAAUUGAAAAAAACCAAAAGAAUCUAUGCUAUGAAAGUGAUUAAAAAAGCCCUUGUAACAGAUGAUGAGGAUAUUGAUUGGGUGCAAACAGAAAAGCAUGUUUUUGAAACUGCCUCAAACCAUCCAUUCCUUGUGGGGUUACACUCAUGCUUCCAAACACCAUCAAGGUUAUUCUUUGUUAUAGAGUUCGUCCGAGGAGGUGAUUUGAUGUUCCACAUGCAAAGACAAAGAAAACUACCCGAAGAACAUGCCAGAUUUUAUGCAGCAGAGAUAUCUUUAGCCCUACACUUUUUGCAUUGCAAAGGGAUCAUUUAUAGGGACUUGAAGCUAGAUAAUGUACUCUUGGACCAUGAAGGGCACAUAAAACUCACAGAUUAUGGCAUGUGCAAGGAGGGCAUUAGACCUGGCGAUAGUACAUCCACUUUUUGUGGUACACCCAAUUAUAUUGCACCAGAGAUAUUGAGGGGUGAGGAUUAUGGUUUUUCGGUGGAUUGGUGGGCUUUGGGGGUGUUGUUGUAUGAAAUGUUGGCGGGCAGGUCACCGUUUGAUAUUGCCGGGGCAUCUGAGAAUCCUGAUCAGAAUACUGAGGAUUAUUUGUUCCAGGUUAUUUUGGAGAAGACUAUUAGGAUACCUAGAUCCUUGAGUGUCAAAGCCGCUAAUGUUCUCAAAGGCUUCCUUAACAAAAAUCCAGCUGAUAGACUGGGAUGUCAUAGCACAGAUUCAUUUUUGGAUAUCACCGGUCAUCAAUUCUUCAAAAGUAUAGACUGGGACCUGUUAGAACAAAAACAGGUGCCUCCGCCUUACAAACCGCGCCUGGACUCCGACAGGGAUUUGGCGAACUUCCCACCGGAGUUUACUGACGAGCCGGUUCAUUUAACCCCUGAUGACCCCAGGGUGAUUGAGAAAAUUGACCAAUCAGAGUUUGAGGGAUUCGAGUAUGUGAACCCUUUGCUCAUGUCUUUGGAGGACUGUGUUUAAGUUAUUUAAUCAUUCCCAUGUUAUAGUAUUCCACGAUUACAAAUCUUGUAAUUUGUACUAGGUUAGUAUUAUAUUAUUGUAUUAAUUGCUAACAUGUUUAUAAUAUUAUAAGUUAUUGAAUUAUUGUUAUGUUAACCUUUGGUUUGCAUUCAAUUUAUUAAAAUGAUAUUUAAACUAUUAUAUACGAUUUCAAAUUGUAGACUGAUUUUUAUAUAUGGCUUGAAAGGUAUUUAAUAAAAACACGUUUUGUA